AUGCCGUGGCUACGGAAGCACAACCCCAACAUCGACUGGAACACCCUCACCAUUCAACUCGCGCCCAACCUCCGCGCCGUAGUAUUCGAGCCAGAGCCACACUUGCGCAGCGUCACGAUGCUGGAAGAGCUACCUCGCGACGAACCGGAUUGGGUGGGAGAGGCGCCCCAAGACCCUCGAGUAGUGCUGGAGGAGGUCGAGUCGCCGGCGACUCCCACUCCGCAACACGAGCUGGCCUGGGACGAACCUAACUCCCCACGGACCUUGAACUCGAAGCAGCGCAAACGA